UUUGUAACUAAUAUUGACCCAGAACUGAGAAAAUGCUCAAUGUCACCGAUGUGACAGAGUUUAUUCUCUUGGGACUCACCAGUCGCCGGGAAUGGCAAGUCGUCUUCUUCAUCAUUUUUCUGGUGGUCUACAUCAUCACCGUGGUGGGUAACAUUGGCAUGAUCAUGUUAAUUAAGGCCAGUCCACAGCUCAGCAGCCCCAUGUACUUUUUUCUAAGUCAUCUGUCCUUUGUGGAUGUGUGGUUUUCUUCCAACGUUACCCCUAAAAUGUUGGAAAACCUAUUAUCAGAGACAAAAACGAUUUCUUAUGCUGGUUGCUUGGUACAGUGUUUCUUCUUUAUAGCCCUUGUCCACGUAGAGAUUUUUAUUCUCGCUGUGAUGGCCUUUGACAGGUAAAUGGCAAUUGGCAACCCUCUGCUCUACGGCAGCAAAAUGUCACGGGUUGUCUGUAUUCGACUGAUUUCUUUCCCUUACGUGUAUGGUUUUCUGACGAGUCUGGCAGCAACGUUAUGGACGCAUGGCUUGUACUUCUGUGGGAAAACUGAGAUCAACCACUUCUACUGUGCAGAUCCACCUCUCAUCAAGAUGGCCUGUGCUGGCACCUUUGUUAAAGAAUAUUCGAUGAUCAUACUUGCAGGCAUUAAUUUCACUUACUCUCUAACCGUAGUGAUUAUAUCUUACCUGUUCAUUCUCAUUGCCAUUCUGCGGAUGCACUCGGCAGACGGGAGGCGGAAGGCCUUUUCCACUUGUGGCUCCCAUUUGACAGCGGUCGUCAUAUUUUAUGGAACUCUUAUUUUCAUGUAUCUCAGACGUCCCACAGAGGAGUCCGUGGAGCAGGGGAAAACGGUGGCUGUGUUUUACACCACAGUGAUUCCCAUGUUGAAUCCCAUGAUCUACAGCCUCAGGAACAAAGAUGUGAAGGAGGCCAUGAGCAAAGUGGUCAGCAGAACAUGUUUAACAAAAUAA